UUUAUUUGGGUAUUAGCAGAAGACUCCAAAAAGAAAAGAAAGUGCACAAUAAUUUUGAGAUAAAAAAAAAAAAAGACAAAAAUUAUGGGCCGAGGGAGUACCCUUUAGUUGGACAUUUUGGCUAUCAUAUACUUAUAUCAAGCAAGCUUGAAUAAGCAAAUAACUUUCCUCAUAGUGAGAAAUUACCUGUUCUUCAUCCUCAAAGAUGGCCGGAGUUUCCAUUCUUCCUGCUGAAGUUUUGCUAUCAAAACGUGUCCAAGAGAUGGUCCUCAAUUGUGAAGAACCACAGCCACCUUAUAUAUGUAGAGAUGAUUGCACAGACACAGAUGUUUUUGUUCCGCCAUCUCAGCCUCCUAUUAUAGACUUCAGCAUCCUCUCUCCUUUGGAAUCUUCAACCGCACAAGAAGAACUGCAGAAACUUAGAUCAGCUCUUUGCUCAUGGGGUUGCUUUCAGGCAAUAGGUCAUGGAAUUCCAAAAUCAUUUCUAGAUAAGAUUCGACAAGUGGCAAGGGAGUUCUUCGAACAGCCUAUGGAAGAGAAGAAAAAGCAUGCUAAAGGAGUUGAAGAGUUUGAAGGGUAUGGAGCAGACCCUGUCCCUGCAGAAGGUCAGUCACUUGACUGGUCUGAUCGCCUGUUUCUUGAUGUGUACCCAGAAGAACGAAGGAAGCCCAAAUUCUGGCCACAAAAUCCAAGAUCUUUCAGAGAAAUCCUAGAAGAAUACACUAUAAAGAUGAAAAUGUUUACAGAGGUUGUCUCAAAAGCCAUGGCAAAGUCAUUGAAUUUGGAGGAAAAUAGUUUCCUGGAUCAGUUCGGCACACAAGCACCUCUACAAGCAAGGUUUAACUACUACUCAUGUUGUCAAAGACCAGAUCUUGUUCUUGGCUUAAAAGCUCAUGCAGAUGGAUCAGGGUACACCAUUAUCUUGCAGGAUGAUGUUGAAGGUCUGCAAGUAUUAGAAGACAAGAACUGGGUCACAGUGCCCACCAUUUCAGAUGCCCUCCUAAUCCUAAUGGGGGAUCAAAUGGAGAUAAUGACUAAUGGAUUGUUCAAGAGCCCAAUGCACAGAGUUCUGACUAACUCAGAGAGGGAGAGGAUUUCUGUAGCUGUUUUCUACACACCUGAACCUAACAAGGAGAUUGGACCAGAAGAAGGAUUAAUCAAUGUAGAAAGACCAAGAAUAUUCAAGAAGGUGAAAGAUUAUGCUGAUGUACACUGGGAAUACUACCAGCAGGGGAAGAGAGCACUCCAUGUAGCAAAAGUUUAGAGCUGUACUGUACCGGCAAGAAAAGAAAGCACUUCUUCUAGCAAAAGUUUGAGAUGCACUAUGUUAUCCUCGUGUGCUGUUUGCAGUUGCACUUAUCUCUCUGGUUCUCAAUGGAUAUAUGAUUAUUAUCAGCUUGAAAAGAA